AUUUUAUAUUCAUAUAAAUGUAGUAGGAGUUCAAGUUGCCAUAAAAAAUUAUUUAACUUUAUGCAAAAUAUUAGAAUAAAUCACAAAAAGUGAAAAAAUUUUAACUUUAAGAGCAUACAUUUAUGUUAGAAGACAAUUAUUCACCAGUUGAAAUUAGUAAAAAAUAAAUUGAUUUUAUAAAGUUGGAAGCGGUGCUUAUGGAUGUGUUAUUUAAGCUGAUGAUAAAAAUGCAAAGGUUGAAAAAGACAGACAGGUUGCUAUAAAGAAAAUUGAAAGAGCAUUUGAACAUAGAUUGUAUGCUAAAAGAACACUUAGGGAAUUAAAAAUUCUUAGGUUGAUGAAACAUGAGAAUGUAUAAUGAUGAAAGUGAUUUAGAUUGUUGAAUUAAAAACAUUGCUUCUUCCAAAAUCAAGAGAAGAAUUUGAAGAUGUUUAUAUGGUUACUGAAUUAUUAGAAACAGAUCUAGCUUAAGUAAUCAAAAGUGAUUAAGUAUUAACAGAUGAACAUAUUUAAUUAUUCUUAUAUUAAAUUUUAAGAGGAUUGAAAUAUUUACACACAGCAGGAAUAUUACAUAGAGAUUUGGUAUUAAUAUUUUAUAAUGUUAAUUAGAAACCAAGAAAUUUAUUAUUAAAUAGAAAUUGUGAUUUAAAAAUAUGCGAUUUUGGAUUAGGUAGAGCAAUGGCAGAUCCAUCAUCUUCAAAUAAUGCAAAUAUAAUGACAUAUUAUGUUGAAACUAGAUGGUAUAGAGCACCAGAAUUGUUAGUGAGUUUUAAGAAUUAUACUCCAGCAGUUGAUAUGUGGUCAGUUGGAUGUAUUUUAGCAGAAUUAUUAUUAAGAAAACCAUUCUUAAGAGGAGAUUCAAGUAUUUCUAUAAUAAAAUUAAUUAAGCAAAAAGAUAAGUUAAAUUAAUAUUUGAAUUAUUGGGAACACCAAACGAAGCUUAUAUUUAAUCAUUUUAAGAUGAAAAAGUUUAAAAUAAUUUGAGAAAAGUUAUAAAAGAAACAGGACCUAAAUAAGGAAUUCCAUUAGAAUAGUUAUUUAAAAAUGCUUCUAAAAAUGGUAAUAAUAUACAAUUAUUCAUGAAGCUUUGGAUUUAUUAAGGAAAUUGUUAACAUUUGAUUAUAGAUAAAGAAUUACAGUGUAACAAGCUUUAGAACAUCCUUAUUUAGCUCAAUUACAUUUUGAAGCAGAUGAACCAAGUGCUUAGCUUGUUAAUCAAUUAGAAUUCGAAUUUGAAAAGUACGAAAUGACCAGAGAAUAAAUUAAAGGUAUAUUUUAUAAAUUAUAAUUUAGAUCUACUUUAUGAGGAAAUAUUGUUAUAUCAUUUUCCAGAAUUUUAAACCUCAUAUGAAUAAAAAAAGAAGGCUGGAUAAAGUUUGAUAUCUCAUGUAGUAAAUAAUGAAAAUGCUAAAAUUGUAAAUAAGUUAUUUAAUUAAAGUUUGAUCCGACUGCCGAUGAUGAUUUAGAUAGGGAUUGAAUAUAAUAUUAU